UCGUGCUUAGAGGGCGUGUUUUCCUGUUUUCUUGCGGAAGUCAGGCUGCGGUUAUCGUUCAAACAUGGCGACCGACAAAAGAUGGUUAUUUACGGGUGUUUUGGUCAUUUUUAUAUUAAUCACAGAAAGCCAUUGCAGGCUACACCAUCUCGAACUUAAGGACGACGUCCGACGGAAGGUGCAUUUGAACACUUUCGGGUUCUACAAGGAUGGUUACAUGACUGUCAACAUGAGCCGGCUGUCCCUGAGCGGAGACAGUCCUGAAAAUAUUGACGACUCUACGAUUGGGUUCAGUCUAGAUAGGACCAGCAGCAAUGGAUUCUCUACGUUUUCGGAUGAAGAUAUUGACUACUGCAUUCUAAAGAAGCUCCCCAGUAGUGACUUGGCUGUUGCCCUGCUGCUGAUCGACUUCAAUAAGAAAGUAGUGAGGAUGAAGACCUCAGCUGAGGAGAACAUUUUCCCCAACAUUAUUUCGGGCCUUGCCAAGCCCUCCCCGGAAACAGAGGGGAAGGAUCUGGAGAAAGCGGUUGAGGCUGAACCAAAACCUGAAACCAAACCUGAACCCCAGCCCACAGUCAAAGCAGAUGGUCAGAGUAAAUCCAAACGAGACACUUCAGAGGCAAAUAAGUCAGAGGUGUCUUAUCCUCUGCAGCAUAAGGAUGGAGUCUACUCCUUCCAGUUUUACUUCAACGUCACCACGGACAACCAGCAGGGCCUCUACAACCUGUACUUCCACAACUGCUACAGCAAGGAGCCCCAGACCAACGGGAUGCUCCGCUUCAGCAUCGAGAUCAACAUCGUGGAGAAGAACCCCGAGAGCUUCCUGUCCGCGGGGGAGAUCCCGCUGCCCAAGCUGUACAUCAUCAUGUCCGUCUUCUUCUUCCUCAUCGGCACGCUCUGGGUGCACGUCCUCCGAACACACAGAGCUGAUGUGUAUAAGAUCCACUGGCUAAUGGCAGCUCUUCCCUUCACCAAGUCUCUGUCGCUGGUGUUCCACGCUAUUGACUACUACUACAUAUCCAAUCAGGGCUUUCCAAUAGAGGGCUGGGCCGUGGUGUAUUACAUCACCCAUCUCCUGAAGGGGGCGCUGUUGUUCAUCACCAUCGCCCUGAUUGGGACGGGGUGGGCCUUCGUCAAGCACAUCCUGUCCGACAAGGACAAGAAGAUCUUCAUGAUAGUCAUCCCCCUGCAGGUCCUGGCCAACGUGGCCUACAUCAUCAUCGAGUCCACGGAGGAGGGCACCACGGAGUACGGGCUGUGGAAGGAGGUGCUGUUCCUGGUGGACCUGCUCUGCUGUGGAGCCAUCCUGUUCCCUGUGGUCUGGUCCAUCAGACACCUGCAGGAGGCCUCGGCUACCGAUGGGAAAGCUGCCAUUAACCUGGCCCAGCUCAAGCUCUUCAGGCACUAUUAUGUGAUGAUUGUGUGUUACAUAUAUUUCACCCGCAUUAUUGCUAUCCUGAUAAAAUUCAUUGUUCCCUUCCAGUGGAAGUGGCUCUACCAGCUCUUGGAUGAGUUGGCCACUCUCGCCUUCUUCUUCCUGACGGGGCACAAGUUCCGCCCCGCCUCCUACAACCCCUACCUGCUCCUGUCUGUGGAGGACGACGAGGACCUGGAGAUGGAAGAUGUGGUGACCACGUCAUUGGGUGUGACCGAGGGAGUGAAGAAGGUGAAGAAGAUUUCAAACGGGCCUUCAGAGGAGAGGGAGACCGUGGCGUGAGGGGGAGGGAAGGAGGGGACACCUCAGGACUGAACCUCAAUGGCCAUUAAGAUUUUUUUGGCCUUUUUUUUUUUUGGAACUCGAUGGGAUCUUCACAUCAGCUGAGACUCGCAGUGCAGACCCCUUAUCCAGUACUAACCCCCCACCCAUAGCCCCCGCCCUGCCCUCACACACACACACACACACACACACACACAUGAACACACACAAACACACACACACACACACACACACUCAAGCAUCGCCCCAGAAGAAGGAAGCAUGCAGUCAUACACAUGAUGUCUGUAUCGCUGCAUACAUGUAAACAAGUACCUCUGCUGUAUACAACGUUGUCUGUCUUCAAAGGGAUUGGGAUUUUUUCCCCUCUGUUUUCUUCCUUAAUUUAUCCGAACGCUUGGUUUUUAGAAGAAAAGUUACAUUGGACUGGAUUUAUGUUUUUAUUUAUUUUCUUUUAACAUUUUUAUAAUAUAUUUCAGAUUCUCUCCGGAUUGGUUAACCUCCAUGCCUCUCUCUCCUAUCACCAGAUAUACUCCAGUAACCAUAAGAACCCAAUGUGUGCACUUUAUUUUUCAGCACCGGUAUUGCUGCCGAUACUUCGUCUAAAAGCAUAUUCAACUUUGUACGUGAAAAAGUGGUUCAUGCACACCGCUGCACUGGAGGCUGGGGCAGACUUCGCUAACUUGUUUUUUGUUUUUUUUGUUUUUGGGUUUGCUUUUAUAACUUAGCCGAUUAGUACCGUUUGUGUUAUUUCAGAGGAAAGGUGAGACUUUCGUUAGCUCGCGCUAGUUACUCUCUGUGGUUGAGAGCCGUUACUGAGGCUAACACCGGAGCACUGACGUUUACUGGAACCAGACACUGCAGCAUUUCAGGGAUACAGCCAUCUUCACUCAAACUCUAAAGUGUGCUGGUACUAACGGCUACAUGUUAUAAGGGCAUUUCGAUAGCAAUGUGAAUAUAAAUGAGCCUGCUGACAAACAUACAGCAAUUCAAACGCUCCAUUGAUUUGAGUACUAUGGGGUUUUCUGGUCAGGCAUUCCGUCAGGUGAAACCGUUGAUUUGCGUCAUGGGAGCGAUGACCGUGAGCAGGUGCCCUCUUGUGGCAGGCCGAGAUAUUGCAAACUUUAGAUUGCACAGUAAAUGCAUGUGACAGUGCAAAACAAAAUCAUAAUAAUUUCUAUCUAACCAAAAUGAGAGCAUUAACCAGGGUAUUCUGCCUGUCUCUGGUGUGGAAUUUCCUGUGUUUAGUGUCCUCGAUGUACAUGUUUUUUUUUUUUUAAUCUAACCUUUAUUUGCUUAUUUUUCUUUAGGUUUUUUAAAUGGUUUGCAUUUGUAAAUAACAGUGCUUUUGGUUUUUUUUUUUUUGAUUUAAUAAAACAAUGUGACAAACAUUGAAAUGUGUAAAUUGUAAAGCGAUGAGCCGUGAUCUUGUGAAUGUUUGGACUUCAUAAAUAAGACUUGUGGAA